AUGGCCUCCCCACAAAGAGAAGGAUUCACUAUCCCUACAUCGAUAUCACAUGCUGCAUCAGCACAAAUUACUAAUAAAUCUCUUGGUGUCAAGUACAACUGUGCUCAAUGUGCUGCUUCUUUCUCACUAGGUAAAAAUGAUGCUAUUAGGUGUAAAGAAUGUGGACAUCGUGUUAUUUAUAAAGCUAGGACGAGAAGAAUGGUCCAGUUUGAGGCUAGAUAA